UAGAUCCAUCAAAAGUCAAAUCAUGCGAAGUCCACUGCUGGAACAAGCAAGAGUGGUCUAGGUGUUUUUAUCCCCACUUUCACGUGCGAUCCACUGUGAACACUGAAAAGUAUCAAGUAUGAAUUUAGUUGAUUUUACCUCAAAUACUCCAGAUCAUAGGACAUGCUUUUGCUAUGAUGAUGUCAUGUUAAAGCAUAGCAACAUUUUUGAGGAACAUCCUGAAAGACCUGAGAGAAUUUUACAGUCUAUUGAACGCUUUCAACAAUUAAAUUUAGACAAACGAUGCAAAAAGGUUAAGCCACGUACUGCCACAGAUGAAGAAUUAUUAACCGUUCACAGCAAUGAAUACAUUGACGAAAUUUCAAAAAUUGAUUGUUAUCCGCAAGAGAAGCUUAAAUUAGCAGCCGAACAAUACGACUCAAUUUAUUUCAGUAAUUUCACCAAUGAAUGUGCCAGAAUGUCCGUUGGUUGUACUUUGGCAGCUCUUGAUUAUAUCCUGUCUGGCAAUGCCCAAAAUGGUGUUGUCAUAGCAAGACCCCCUGGUCACCAUGCAGAGCGCGAUUUUAGUAUGGGGUAUUGUUACUUCAAUAAUGUGGCAAUCGCAGCAAAGGUUGCCCAAGAAAAAUGGAAUAUCAAACGUGUAUUGAUUGUGGAUUGGGAUAUUCAUCAUGGAAAUGGAACCCAACACAUGUUUCAAUCAGAUUCCAGCGUACUGUACUUUUCAAUUCAUCGCUUUGAUCAUGGCCGUUUUUGGCCCGGAAAAAAAUAUUCUGACUUCGACUUUGUUGGAAAGAAUGAAGGAGAAGGGUUCAACAUUAACGUCGCUUGGAAUGAGAAGCACAUGAAUGAUGCUGAUUAUAUUGCCGUUUUUCAAAGAAUUCUCCUUCCUGUUGCAUAUGAGUUUUGUCCUGAAUUGGUUAUAGUGUCUGCUGGAUUCGAUGCGGCCCAAGGCGAUCCUAAGGGCUUGUGUGAUGUCACUCCUGAAGGAUUUGCGCAUCUUACCCAUAUGCUAAUGAGUCUUGCCUUUGGAAAAAUACUACUAGUUCUCGAGGGUGGAUAUAAUUUGAGUUCUGUUGCGGAGUCCCUAUGCUCUUGUGUAAAAACACUACUUGGUGAUCCUUGUCCUUUGCUCGAACCAAUGAACAUUUCACAUUGUGCACUCGAGUCCAUUCAAUCCACGCUGAAUGCUCACUCUCAAUACUGGAAAAAUUUGCAGCAGAUUAAAGAUGACGCUUGUUAAGGGUGUCAACUUUUGGUAUGCUACAUCCACAUCUGCCUGUUGUUUUGGCAGCUCGUAAAUUUGUGGCUUUCCACGAAUUAUGAACGUCCUCACUGCCGAAAAAUAAUAGCUAUGUAUUUUAAACAUUUAUAAUUUAUUAGAUGUAUAAAGAACUGAAAAGUGUUUUUUCAUAUCAUAGACUGAAGGGAACUCGUUUGAACACUUGCUAUGGUAUGCUUAUAUCAGCUUAUUGUUAUAGCCUAUAGGUAAUGGUAGCUGUGCGGUUUUUUAAGAAAAAACCCUGGUUUGAUUCAGUUUCAGUUCUUAUUUAAAAGAAAUAGCAAUACAAAUGUAGUAACUCAAUUAUGAAUAUGAUCUCGAGGCGCCAUGAACUUCUACACCGUAAUUAACGUGUGCAUGUUUUGUAUGUAAUUUCUUAGAACUGUGGCAAAUUGUAUACUAUUUCGAGAGUGUC